GCUGGCAACUUUUUGCAUCUCUCGUUAUCGUUGUGUCGGACCCGACACACGACUGCUGUGACACUUGCCACGCGUGCCAUGCACCUCUUUGCUUCGGCAUGUAGCCGAUUCGCUCGCACGGCGCGCGUGCUCACCCUCCACACGCGUCGAAAAUUAUGCGUGCGGGUGAUCGGAGCGAUCGACCUUUCGAGCGGCGUCUUGUCGUGCGAGUCUCGGAGCUCUGCACCGAGGCUCCUCGGCCACGGUCGACGCGGACAUGGCGGGAACAACGGACAACCGUGUUCCGCGUGCCCCGCCGUGAACCUUUGAGCGUGUCGGCAAUCCACACUCGAGUCUCCCGGCAGCGUGGCUGGUGUCUAAAUUCAAAGGAUCGUUCAAUUCCUUUUGUUUGCGCGACACGAAAUCGUAUUUAUUGAAGUCGCAGUGCUAAUAAACGAUGUACGUUGACGCGUCGCGACGUCACACGACGCCCGACUCGUCAGUGUCGUCGACGUCGUCGACGACUGUGUACAUGUUUACAGGAUUACACUCAGUAAAAGAUGAUGGCUGACUCCGAUAAAGAUUCCAUACAGUGCUUAGUGUGCGACAGUAAAGUUGGAGUAUCCACUAGAAACAGUAUACGCAUCUUUGACGAUUCUAGUUAUACUGUAUCUGAGAAGCCACUUGUGGAUGUUAUAUCAGCUGUUCUAGAAGUUGAUAUCAGCGAAGAGUCUGUGCAUUCUCUUAUUGUUUGUAAAAAAUGUUUUAAGCUGUUCAAUGAGGUGGAUGAGCUUGAAAAUAAAUUGAGUCAGAUAAAAAUGGAAUUAUGUAACAAUUAUAAAAAGACUAUUGAAGUUAAAAAAUUACGUGACAUACUUCAAAAUGAGGAAGACUGUAAUGAUCAUGAUUAUACAGACAAUACGGAAAGUCAAAGCACUCUGAUAACGGAAGUGCAAGAAGAAAAGGAUUAUGUGCAAGAGGAGACACAAAAAGAGGAAGAACAAGAAUCACUUAUAGAAACAGAAGAAUCUUCUUUAUUCACAGUUGAAGAAGUAGAUGAAACAACAAAUAGUUCUGAUGAUAAAAAAAAAUCAAAGAAAAGCAAAGUUAAGCAAGAAAUUAUCCCUCUGGAAAGUAUUGUAAUUAGAGAUGAGUCUUCAUACAUCUGUUUGUUAUGUUCAAAUGAGAAUGAGGAGGGAUUCACGGCAGAUGCUAGAUGUAUCAUAGCGCACAUGAAAGAUGUGCACGACACUCGGUUGUACAUUUGCGACGUGUGCGGACAGGAUUUCAGAAAGAGAAACGAAAUGUCUCUGCAUCUUGAUGAUCAUGUAGCGAAGGAAGAGGGAGACUUUCAGUGCGAAAUAUGUAAUAGAAUAUUCAAUAAUCUGCGAUUAUUCCGGAUUCAUAAAAGAAUACAUUAUCCACAAGUGAAAUCGUGGCCCUGCGAUACAUGUGGAAAGAGAUACAAUUCAAAAAAUCUAUUGGAAGAACACACGAACACUCACAUAGGUGUUCGUCCGUACGUGUGCGAGACCUGUGGCAAAGACUUUGCAUCCAAGUAUACAUAUAAAGCGCACGCGAAAACGCACGAGGUACGACCUCGGCCAUUCGAGUGUACUCGAUGUAAUAAAACAUUUUUGAAUCAGCAAAAUUUGUCUCAGCAUGAACGAACUCAUAAUGGCAUAAAAGAUUAUAUAUGUCAUCAGUGUGGUAAGGCUUUUACUUCGUCUCACAAUUUAGAAGUACACAAUAUAGUACAUACCGGAUAUAAACCCUACAUAUGCCGAAUAUGUAGUAAAGCAUUUGCGCGUAAAGCGGAAAUACGCGAUCACGAAAGAACUCACACAGGUGAGAAACCUUAUCAGUGUGAGUUUUGUGGAGCAACAUUUAGUCAAAGAUCGAAUCUACAAUCCCACAAGCGAGCGACGCAUUAUAAUGAUAAACGUUAUAAGUGUGAUGAAUGUGGAAAAGGUUUCAAAAGAAGAAGAUUGUUAGAUUACCACAUAAAAGCGGCGCAUACUGGCGAAAGACCAUUCAAAUGUGAUGUAUGCUCAGCUACAUUUGUCUAUCCUGAGCAUUUUAAGAAGCACAGGCGUAUACAUACAGGCGAAAAACCAUAUCUUUGCGAGGUUUGUGGCAAAGCAUUUAAUAGCAGAGAUAACAGAAACGCUCAUAGAUUCAUACAUAGUGAUAAAAAACCAUAUGAAUGUUUGGUUUGUGGUAUGGGCUUCAUGAGAAAACCAUUACUUUAUGCACACAUGCAAGUUCAGGGUCACUUAAAUGAUACCAUAGUAGUGAAUCAACCACGAUUGACAACGGAGACAGACGUAAUAACUAUUCCUAAUAGCAAUAGUGAAAUAUUGAUGGAAGAAGUCGAAAAUGAACAGAUGGAUGAAACUGAGGUCUAUGUUACUGAAUUGAAAAAUCAUGUGAUUAUACAACAAGAAGGGGAUGAUCAGAUAUAUAAUGAAGAAGAUGUUGUAUUAAAUAUACCGGCGGAAGAAACAGUAACCAAUGAAGUAGAUCUUGUCGUGGAAGAUCAGAUGAAUUUUAUGGAGGAUGAAGCUACAGAAGAAGAUAAAAAUGUAAUUAAUCAAGUAGAAACGGUAUACGCUUAUAAUGAGAGUGAGGAAGGUGAAACGAUAGUUAUACCGUCUGCUUCGCAAGGCGAAGACAAGAAUAUGCGAUUAGUACAGAUCAGAUUUCCAACUUCCGUAGAUGGAGAAAGCAAAAACUGGUUGAGCUUAGUACAAAAUACCUAAGUUUUCCAAUUUUAUUAAUAUACUGUGUAAUUUGAUAAGAUUGAAAAUAUGACUGGAAUACGAUUAGUAAUUUUACUAAUAAUUUUCCAUUACAAAUUGACAACAUUUACAUUAGGACAAUUCCUAGUAGAAUUAGUAAUUUAAGUCUUAACCUAAUUAUUAAUUCAUCGCUAUAAUGUUCUUAUGGUGGAUUUUCCAUUAUAAAAAAUUCAUCGAUUUAUUAUAAAGAUUGACGUAAUUUUCAGCUAUGAUAAAAUGAAGUAAAUUAGAUUUAAUGCAGAAAUUAAAUGACAACAAUUAACUCAUCCCAAUAAUUAUUUGUAAUAUUUGAUAAUUAAACUGUAAUUGAGUGUAAUAUAUGCAACAUUAAUUUUAA